AUGUCUGGUUUGAGUAAAACUGAACGUAGGUUAUUAGCAUCACGAGAAAUCCUAGGACCAGAAGCGACAGAUGGUGCAACACCAACAGCGGGGACAGGUACAGCCACCAUAACAGUCACAGUAACUGAUGUCGAUGAGACACCAGCCUUUGGUGCAACUUCCUACAGCCAAUGUAUACUUGACGGAUCUGCUGCUGAAACGACUCUAACAACUACCCUUGCAACCGAUUCUGACCCUGGAGAUAAGAUUACACAUAGUAUAAAUUGUAUUCAUUCCAGAAUAGAGAUGGAUGAAAUAGAUAACAUUGACGAACAGGUAGAGUUGGCUCCUUUGUUGAAGUUUCAACAACUGAUGAGUACCCUCAUAAAUUGUCUGCAUCUAAUUACAGAUGCCACAAUCACGGGAUGGACUACCCCUACUAUAGAAGCGGCAGUUGGCACUGGAACGCUAACUGUGUCCGAAUCCCAAGCUACUUUAACAACAAUAACAACGUAUGUUGCAGUCACAAGUGCUACUUCUAUUACAUACGCAUUCGCAUCUGCAGUAGCUCCUUUUGACUUAUCCUCAACUGGUGUAUUGACGAUCACUGCUAACCUGGACGCCGAUACAACUUCCUCUUACACGCUCAAUGUUGUAGCGACAGAUGAUAACUCAGCUGUAGGUACAGCUACUAUAGCGGUCACAGUUACUGAUAUUGAUGACGCCCCAGCAUUCGGUGCAACUUCCUACAGUCAGUGUAUAAUUGAUGGAUCAGCUGCUGAUACGACACUGACAACUCUCCUCGCAACCGAUUCUGACCCUGGUGAUACAAUUACUCAUAAUAUAAAUUCUGGAAACACGAACACCGACUUUAAAAUUGAUGCGACUACAGGCGUUAUACAGGUUAACACUGGUAAAACUCUCGCCAUGGCAACAACUGCAAGCUACACGCUUGUAAUUCAUGCAGUUGACGAUGAAUCAACCGCUCAGACAGGGUCGACAACUGUGUCUGUAACUGUUGCUGCCGAGUGUAGCAGCGCAGCAGCUCUAGGUUUCAGCGUCACUGCAAUUUUCGUGACCAUGCUUGUAUCAGUUUUAUAAGUGAAAAUUUUAAGGAAAUAAUAAUGCGUACAAAAUCACUGAACCGGUAAAAAUAGGCUACAGGAACAUUUUCUUAAUAUUACUAUUUUGUUUAUGAUAUUGGUUUAUUUCGUAAUCACAGUAUAUUCAAAUCCAUAAUUCUAGAACCGAUUUCCAGCAGCGGCAUGGUUUAGAACCUUUUAUUCAAGAGUUAUACUGUUUAAAAUAAUUAUUAAGCUGAAAAAAUUAUGUUAUGUACCAAAAUGAUCGUCAAAUAAUUUUCCCAAUUGAACUCUGAAAGGACAUUUUUAUAUUUUUGUUCUAGUACAAUAGGUGAGAUGACUCAUGUAAAUCUGGAUACUCAUGAAAACGUCUUAUUUCACUGACAUAUCUGGCAUUUUACUUCACCAAGACAUUAAAACUUAGACGAUACAAACUAAAACGGCUGUCAAAAAUCUCAUACAAUUACCAAUACCUUUGUGCACUUCGGUUUAAAUAGAUUAUUUAGUGUUUGGAAUGCAAAUAGAUAAAACAGAAUCCAGGUUUCUUUGUCUACUCCCUUUAGUACAAUUUGUUCUGUGUGUGUUUGUGUUGUCGUACUAACAGUUAUCUGUCCAGAAAUUAUUCAAUAAUGAGAUACUACUGUAUCGACAGUUGAGUCAUUUCCCACUUUGGACUAUGUACUUUCUUGCUCCUGCAUUUUAACAGCUAUUUUACAUUUCACAUAUUUUCAAUUGUUCCCUUCAAAAAAAAAAAAAGGAAUUAGCAUUUAUCCUGAGUGAGUUGUUUUAAGACUAUAUUCUUCAUAUAAUUUCGAAAUACAAGUUAUCAUGUCCUGGAUUCAAACGUAAAAACAACUUAAGUUAAAACUAACAUCCAGUUGCUUAAAUUUACCAACUUAUUUAUUGUCAAGUCAUCGGAAUCAACGCAAAUAAUUAUCUGUAUAACUUAGUUAAUGUUCAAUAUUCUUUUAGUUUUACUUUUUCUUAUUCUUGUGUGGAAGAAAUAAAAUAUUGGACACAAUA